CUGGCGGACCGCAUCCCGCCUUUCGUGUUUGAGCGCGCGGGAAAUCCGGCGGGACACUUUCCCCUCCUCCGCCUGCUGGCGUGGGGGGGUUUGUGUGGGGGGGGAGAGAGGAGAAGUUUGGAGACGGCGGCUCCCCGCGCGCGUGGGGCGUGUGCGCGGCUGGGGGAGUCUCCACCUCUUCUGGCGCGGGCCCGGGGAACUGCCGGAGCCGCCGCCGCUGCCUACUCGGAGCUCUCGCCAGACGGGGCUUGGAGGCGAAGGAGCGCGCUCUUGCAAGCCGGCCGAGGCGGCGUUGGGGCUCUGCGAUCGCUUUUCUCCCUCGCUGGGAGCAGCGGCCGAAAGAGCGACCCUCGGCGGCCUCUUUUGGUAGCGGCCUCGAGUCCAUGGACGCCAGGUGGCUUUUCUGCCCGAGCAACGCGCGCUGAGCUUCUUCCCCGCGGCUGGGCUGCUCUCGCCCAUCGGCUGAUUUUGAUUUUUAAUUUUGAUUUUUGUGUGUGUGUGUGUGUUUGUGACGGGGGGAGAUCGGCUCGUUUAAAGAGAAGAGGCGCCGCUUUGGCCAUGCUGCGAUCCUGGGCGCUCGUGGUGGCCCACUUCUUAGUCUUUGCAUCUGGAAAGAAAAUAUGGGAUGUCCCCAGAGCACACAUCAGCCAGCUCAGCUCAGCAAAAGUACGGUGGGAGCCUCAGUGCCAGUACCAAUUGCGCCACCUUCAGGACGGUGUGAGAAUUUCAGCUGUUCUACCGCCACGGUUAGAAGGUCAUUGGAUUUCAACAGGGUGUGAAGUACGACCAGGACCUGAAUUCCUUACUCGAUCAUACAUGUUCUUUGCCAACCGCCUCUUCAAAGCCUAUCAGUUUUACUACCGUGACCCUUCCUGUAGAGACCCCACCUACUCUCUGGUCAUCAAAGGGAAAAUCAGGCUCCGGCAGGCAUCCUGGAUCACCCUAGGAGCUACAGAAGCAGAUUAUCACCUUCAUAAAGUUGGCGUUGUCUUCUACAGCCAGACGGCCAUGCAGGAAACAGUUGCCCGUCUCAACCAAACAGGAGUUCGCUGCAGUGGAUUUUUGCCAGCUGGACGGACUUGGGCUCCUGGUACCCUCUAUGAGCUUCUGAGUGCUAAAGGGGAAGAGGAUUGCACUCCUGGCCUUGGCUUUGCCAUGCAUGAGCUUAGCCUGGUACGAGUGGAAAAGUAUCACCAGCCCUUGCUUCUCCAGCACAACCAGGGGAGUAGGCAGGUUGAGGAGCUGUAUCUUGGAGACAUUCACACUGAAUGGUCAGAGCGGCUUCAGUAUCGGCCUACAGGAUAUCAGCGCCCACUGCAGAAUGCCAUGCACCACAUUCAUCCCUGCCCUGCCUGUGGGAUUAUAUACAGAGCUGACGAACAUAACCCGCCAGUAUUACCAGCCAGACCGGAGCUUCCUAUGCUGUUGAGUGGCCACUGGGUCAGCUCUCGCUGUGAAGUCCGCCCAGCUGUGCUUUUUCUUACCAGGUACUUCAUCUUCCAUGCCAAAAACCGCAGCUGGGAAGGCUACUAUCACCACUACUCUGACCCUCUCUGCAAGCAACCAACUUUCACUGUCUAUGCCUUGGGUCAUUACAACGAAGGAGCCCCCUCCCGCAUUGUGAGGGGAGGCACCGAGCUGAUCUUUAAAGUGACCCAUGCUUGGGUGACCCCUAUGGAUCAGGUCACUGUGUCCAUGCUGAACUCCUCCGAUUUUGGGAGCUGUGGAGAAGCUGGAUCUUGGCAAAUUGGGCAGGAGCUAGAUGUGACCCACACCAAUGGGUGCGCAGCCCUUGGUAUUAAACUCCCCCACUCCGAGUAUGAACUUUUUCGCCUCGAACGAGAUGGAAAAGACCGGAGCCUGCUCUUUAUUGGUGAGAGACCAACUGAUGGGUCAAGUCCUAACACUCUCAGUAAGCGGCCCACGUCUUAUCAGUCUCCUCUUCUCCAGUGUGGUGGGCCCUCAGGAACUUUCGCAAGACAUAGUAUGCCACACAAUCCAGAAAGAUUAAGUGCCCAAGUUAACCAUGGAGCACCAAAGACUCCCUUAUCUCUGUUGGUGUUUCUAGCUGCAUUGCUGGUCAACUGGGAUUAAAAGCUUGCUCGUGGGAGCAGCGGAAAAUGCAGAUAACCUUAGCCUUCUGGCUUUGUACUGGCUUAUACCAAAAAAUAAGCACAUUCAAGAGGUGGUUUUUUUUUUAACAGGUUGCAAAAAAUGUAUGUUUCUUUGACAGCUAUGUUUUCCGCUGCCAUGCUUGCUUACCUACAGACAUGUAAAUUGGUUUUGAUUUUUGAAGUGGAAAAUCAUUCCGUUUUCAUCAUGUGACUCAACACACACAAUUGCCUGUUUCAGAAGCAGUAUUUCUCAAUUUCAGAAAUUUUAAGAUGCAUAGACUUCAAUUCUCACAACUGAAUUAAGCUGGGUGGAGAAUUCUGGGAGUUGAAAUCUAUGCAUCUUCAAGUCCCUAAAUUGAGAAACACUAUUCUGUAGGGCCCAAAUAGAUAAGAAAGUUUUUUUUAAAAAUUUUCCUUCGAAGACAUCCCAUUGUUUAAACGUCUCUUGUGUAUUGAAGAAGUAUUACUUUUACUGAUUUUUCUUCCUGACAUUGCUUCGUCUUGAUUUUAUCGACACGCAGCCACCACUUUUUACACUGCAAAAAGUUGUCACUGUUGAAAUAAUAAAGGAUGAGAGAAAUUGAAUUCUAAGUGCCAUAUGAAAGAACUGUGUGACGUAAUGAACAUCUAAAUUAAGAGCGUUAGUGAGGAGGCGGUUUGUCAGGGCGGAUGGUCCAUCUCAGCAAGGGGAAAACACCUUUCUUGGUAGACCAAAUAUGUAAGGAUGAUGAUGUCCCAUAAUUGUUCUGUUGACCAAUUGUAAGCAGCUUUAAAUUAUCUUUGGAAUAAAAAUUGUAUGGCUUCAAUCCUCAGGGAGAAUAAGCUAAAUGUCAAGGUUCCAGAAAAACCUCUUCUGCAUAAAAAAAAACUCAGAAGCCAUUGUUUUCCAGAGUUCUUUACUAGCAUGAGGAAACUGGCACACGAUGAGUAAAAUUCCAAAACUGAAUUUCCGGAUUCUUUUCCCCAGUUAUACAAACCCCAAGAGUCCCACCCCCCUGACCCCUUUGAUGGUCACAUGGUCCCACGUUCUCCCAGUUCAUUCGAAUAUCUUCUUGCCACUCUUCCUGCAGAUGUGAACACCAUCCGACCUUGACCGCUUGAAGAAUGUUACCAUACCCCUCAGCCCCCCUUCCUCCCUUCAGGGGAAAAAUGUGGCAGCGUCUGGAACCCUAAAGUCUAAUAUGGUUUCCAGGCCUGACACUAAAAAGAAAAAAAACGUAGAACUGCCAGCAAGGUCACAAUUUGUGGAUGCCAACUUAUUUAUCUAAAAGGUUCUGUAUUGUGCUGAGCAUGUUGCUAACAGUAAGGCUAAGUGUGGUGUUUAUGGAAGGGGAAAUGAAACCCUCAUGUCUAAUUCUGUCAACAAUGACACAUGUGCAUAGUAUCUGCAGAGGUUGAAAAAAAGCAGGAUGGUGGUCACGAUCAAAGCCCUGUCCAUUUCCCAUGAGUGUCAGCACUGCUGGCACAUACAGGUAGUCCUUGACUUACAACAGUUCACUUAGUGACCAAUCAAAGUUAUAAGAAGAUAGGAAAAAGUGACUCGUAACCAGUUUUCACCCUUAUGAUCAUUGCAGCAUUCCCCAUGGGCAUGUGAUCAAAAUUCAGAUGCUUGGCAACUGACUCAUAUUUAUGAUGAUUGUAGGGUCCCAGGCAGAGGUGGGUUUCAACAGGUUCUGGCCAGUUCUGGAGAACCAGUAGCAGAAAUUGUGAGUAGUUCUGAGAACCGGUAAAUACCACCUCUGACUGGCCCUGCCCCCAUCUAUUCUCUGCCUCCUGAAUCCCAGCUGAUCGGGAGGAAAUGGGGAUUUUGCAGUAACCUUCCCCUGGAGUGGGGGGGGUGGGAAUGGAGAUUUUACAGUAUCCUUCCCCUGCCACACCCACCAAGCCACACUCACCAAGCCGUGUGCCCACCAAGCCACACCCACAGAACCGGUAGGAAAAAUUUUUGAAACCCACCACUGGUCAUGUGAUCAUCUUUUGUACGCUUCUGAUAACCAGUCAAUGGCAAUGCCUGAUUCACUUAACAACCAUGUUACUAACUUAGCAACUGCAGUGAAUCACUUAACGGCAGCAAGGAAGGUUGUAAAAUGGGGCAAAAUUUGCUUUACAAAUGUCUCGUUUAAUAACAGAAAAUUUGGGCCGAAUUGUGGUCGUAAGAUGGGGAUUACUUGUACUCCUCCUCAGGGUUUGGGCUUCAUUGGAAACCAUCAGAUCCUGUGCUACAAACAGCACCUUAAAAGCACAAUUACUAGUGGGGCAAGUGGAACUUUCCUCAAGCAUUUGGGUUGCAUAAAGGAUUUGGUCCCAUGUACUGCAGCAAUAAUAAUUUUUAAGAAUAGGGAUUUAUUUUGGCAAACAGAAAAGAGAAUUUUCCGGAGGCUUUGUCUCCAACUUCCUCAAACUGGUAGAUUUCAGACAGGAUGACUACAGUGGCCAUAAUUCCCAGUCAACAUGGCAUAAAAUGAGAGGCACUGGAUUCUCACACUUUGGUGAGGCUGUUUGGUGUCUUCUAGUGAUUUCCCCUAUCCAUCCUAAAAAAAAUUUUUGGGCUCAUUUUAGCUUUCUCGGUUAUCAACAUCGUCUUGAGUUCUGUCAAAAAAGACAACAACGGUUGUUCUACUGCUCAAAAAUUUCUUCAGACCUGUGGAAAUCCAGUCUGAGUUAGCAGCUACUUCAUUUUAAGCAAUUAAUAUUUUCAUUUUUUGCAAUAAGAAUAGGCAGGCAACCCAAAGUUUAGGAAAGAACAAGUGAUCCUAUACAACCUAAAUUAACUCAGGAUAAUGCAUAUUGGGAUCAUACAAUAAAAAGCUGCUGUAAUUUUGUUUUUUAGCUCUGUAUAUUAAUAAGCUUUUUUUGAUACGUCUUUUGCAAAACUGAUAUAUUUUUAAUGAAAACUAUGCAACGAUUGCAAAUGAUACAGUGUACUAAGAGGAUUAUGAUUAAUAAGUAAAAAUGUUAAAUGAGAUUUUAUAGAAACAUCAGAGCCAAAUUCAUUUGCCACAGACAAAAUGUAAUGCUUUUCUUAAUGCAUAAUUGUUACAAUAAAGUGUAUUUCAGCAGGUUUAAAAAAAAACAAAUUCAAAGGAAAGUAUUUAGAUGUUCUGUACAUAAAAAUAAUUGUUCAUCUUCUUAAAAAUGAGUCUUUUGUUCCCGGAACUGCCCGUUCUUUCCUUUUACUGAUCAGCAACAAGACAGAGUAUUAAAUCUUUGCAAUUUCUGACA